UACUUAUAUGUGCGACUUGACGGCACAAUGUCUAUCAAGAAAAGAGCCAAGGUUGUGGAAAAUUUCAACAAUCCAGAAUCGAAAGAGUUCAUUUUCAUGUUGAGUUCCAAAGCUGGAGGUUGCGGAUUGAAUCUAAUCGGGGCCAACCGGUUGAUAAUGUUCGAUCCCGAUUGGAAUCCUGCCAAUGACGAUCAGGCUAUGGCGAGAGUGUGGAGAGAUGGCCAACAGAAGCCUUGUUAUAUUUAUAGGUUUUUGGCGGCGGGCUCCAUCGAAGAAAAAAUCUUUCAGCGCCAAGCGCAUAAGAAAGCUCUCAGCUCGACGGUAGUCGACAUGAACGAGGAGACGGCACGUCAUUUUAGCGUAGCCGAACUGCGGGAUCUGUUCCGCUUGGAAAACACAGAAUCCGACACACACCAGAAGCUCAAGUGCAAACG